AUGCCUUUUGUUCUCUUGUUGCUACAUUUGCUUCCCUUUCAUAAAAAAAGAGAAGUAUUAGUUGAUGCUGAAAUCAUGAGACAAAAGCAACAGAAAGCUACAGAAAAGAAACCUUCUUAA